GUGUGAGUGAGCGAGGUAACUGACCAAUCAAGUUCAGAUUUAGUGUAGUGCUGCCUGGGCGCACAUGAUUGGUCAGUUUCCCUUUAAGACUAUCGCCGACAGCAGCCACUGUUUCUGACCCACAAAUGAAAAUAUAUGCCAUUGUGGUGAUUUGUGCUACAAAGGUGGUGUGUCUUGUCUUUUGAUGCAGAUAGAAGGACAAACUCAUGUAGAUUUCCCGAAAGGAUUUAUUGCGUCAAAUAAAAGGACAGGGGACUUGUGGAUGAUGUUUGGGCAUGCUAGAUAACGAGGAAAUUAACACUUACAUACCCCGUUCCCAUUCAUGUCAGAUCACAUACCUUGUGAUUCCAUGCGUUAUACUGCGCACAACCUGCUGCGGCCAUUCUCUGAUAUUCUAGUCAUUUUUAUCUAUUUGGGGAUCUUCGGUCUGGAGGAUGUCGAGGCAACGAGUGGGGCAAUCAAGUUGAGUUUUAAUCCAGCAUCGGACAAAGUGCAUUUGGGCGCACCUCUUGUUGUGCGAUGUGAACAUGACGCCGGAUCUGGUGUGGACAAUGCAGCUAGCAUGUUCCUACACUGUCCUAUCGCCCCCUGGGGUGCAUUUUGUUUUCAAAACUGCAAGUCUGCUUGUGUAGGUGAGGCGCCCGGGUCGUGUCCGUAUGAAAAACAACUAGGAGGCGUUACCUGCAGGACCGUUGUAACACAAACCGGCCAUGUGACUUAUGAAUACACUAUUCAAAAACUGACCAGAGAUUGGCUUGGCACUCUGCCUAGUGGUGAGCACAAGAAAUAUGGCUUCUAUUGUAAAUCGGCGGGAUCACAAACUCCAGAAGUGUGGCUGUACGAGGGAAGACCGGAGAUCACAAAUCCUAUCACCGUCUCCCUAAAACCUCCGAUGACUACAGGAUUUAAUUUAUCCACCAAGGAAACAGGCACAUCGACCAACAAGUCUGGCAGACCAGUAUCAAGAGACCUACCGGUGGUCAUUCAAACGGCUCUUGAGAUUCACACAUCAGCAAUUAUCCGCGAGCUUCUCGUCAUCUGUGCAAUGGUCACGGUCUUCAUCUCGGUGUCUAUCAACGUCUUCUGUUGCAUACGAUGUGCGCUGAUACGAAAAUACUCAAGAACCAAACGCCCUCCACGGAUGCAAUACAUGUUCUGCAUGGCCACCGAGAUACACAACGCACGAGUUGCACGUCUAAUGGCUCAAAGUCACGGUUGGAAUGAAGAUAUGAUGGAAGCGCUGUACAGAAAUCCACAACGACGUUUUGAACAAAGCAGUGUGGGAAGUGACAGUCGCAUCCUAACACCACAGCAGUUACCGCAUGUUGCGGAAUUCGCCAACCUCUAUCAACAGCAUCAACAGUUACAGCAGCAGUCCGCGAUCAGCGAAACCAAUUCGGUUGCCACAGCCAGCGCAGAUGUUCAUAUACCGAGCGCCAAAAACGGGCAGAUCGUUUCACCCACCAUGACUGGCUCGGCGUUCUCAAUCACACCUCCCAUGAACUACGGCUUGCCUGGAGCCGAGAGGAAAGUCAGAACUUCUUCAAUGAUUCUUGUCCAGAGUCCAGAUGGUUCCCAUCAACUUGUCCAACCACACUUUCCCCCAAAUCAACACCUGGCUGCAGCGGUGGCUAAUUACUGUUUCGAACAGCAACAAAACUUGAAGAAAUUACAGGAACAGGUGAUUGGCUCUGAAUUCCCACCUGCAGUACACCCAGGUUCAGACAGUCUAGGUUCAUGUCAGAACAGUAUGGGCAACCCAGAUUCAAGUGUACUCGAACAAUAUCAACUCUCCUCCUCGGGGAUGAAUACGCUGAGGCGUGGAGAUCCAACACUGAUGAUGAGUAGUCAAACAGGCCAACCAGGUGUUCGGCCUUCCGUGUCACAAGCGGACAACAUCAAACCGUACCAAGCCCUCACCGGACAACCACAUCCACAAGCAUGCGUUCAAGCCCCAGGCACUCAGGUGCCCGUCGGAUUGCUGUACCAAGCCCCAGGUGGACGCGUCCAAUUCAUGGGAUCUUCUCAACCCCAACUUGGUACCGUUCCUGCAUUUGCCCGCUUGAACAACUCCACAUCCAACCCUACACUGAUACACACAUUUGUGCCGUUGGUUGCCGGAGCCUCACAGUCCGACAGUGGUACCGGGUCUGGAAGCGGACAGUUGUCAGCCUCGGGUCAACCAGCAGCCCCGCCCAGUAUGGAGCAUGAGGAACAAUCAGCUCUGUUUUAUCAACAGGCUCCCUACAAUGGCAUGAUGGUAUACCCUUCUGGCCGGCAAAUGCAGUACUUCACGAGAUCCAAGAUGUUUCACGGAGGUGUCGAGUGUUUCACCGAGGAUGAGCUGAGUAACGAGAGUGGAUCCCUCAAGCGAGAUCGCCACAACAAACCGUCCGUUGAGAAGUCAAUUCCCGAGUCCACUCUUUCCCAAACUCGUGUUCCAUCUGUGUAACUGAAACAGAAGGCAACUGUUGAUAACACACACUGUAAUAAAUGUACUUCUUGGACGAACCCACUCUCUUAUAUUUGUUCUUUUGCUUGGAACGCCCAACCAAGCGCUUCCUAGGUUUAUCGAAAUUGUAUUGUUGUCUAUGAACGAAAUUCUAGUGGAUCACAUGACAUGCAAACCCCAAUCAAAUUAAUGACUCUUAUCGGUGUUUUUUUCAAUUGCGCAUGCGCUUCAUAAGGUAGUACGCAAGAUAUUACACAAUAUAUUGAUUUCACGAAAUAUUGAUGUUCGUUUCUAACUUAUCC